AGCUUCCCAAGUUAACACGGUAAUUAUGUUCUGCAUUGGUGGCGGUAUCUUUUUGGCUGUGCUUGUGCUGAUGGCUGCUGUCAUCUGUCUUUACUACAAAGUAGCCAACGCAUUGAAAGUUCCAAAGGUACCUAUUUCUUCAGCCUUAAAAGAUGAUCCAGACAUGGUCACCCAGGACAAGGUCACUGCGGCCACCACCACUGGGUCUUAUCGCAGCCUCCAGUGCUGUGAUGAAUGUAACUUGUAUGCUGGCUUUGAUGCCCUGCCACCGUGCUUCUGUGAUGCAAACGAGGGACUCUGA